AGCGCGUGAAGCAAAAAACCAUCAUCUUCGUAUUACCUAAUGUCUUACUAAUAAUAAGCACCCCAUUACAUAACACUGAUGGAAAAUUCAGAACCAUCUCCUCGAUGUCGACCAGCAUCAGAACUGUUGUCUGCUCAAAACACCAACAUUCAGACAAACAAUGCUCUCGCGAUCACCCAGACUGCUCUCGUCCGCUGCUUCCUCUGCUUCGCGCACCAGCCCCCUCGCGCUCGGCGCCAGGCGCUGCCAUCUUCCUCUCUUCCGCACGCGCAUCGACUUCUCACGACCACCACCACCACCGCAUUCCUCACUCCUCCGCUCCUCGUUCUCGACCCUUCCGCGGCCACAGCGCAAGUUCUGGACGCGUCGGAAACUUAUCCUGCUCGGUGUGGUUUCAAUCGCAGCUAUAGGCUACGUCGCGUUCCCGAAACACAACUAUCCCGCCGAAGUAGCCGACCUGAUCCGCCUCGGUCUCUACGCCGAACGCAAGGAAUCUGACCCCGACCGCUAUGCCACCGCUCUCGACUACUACCUCGCCGCCCUCGAGGUUGCCGACAAACUCGGCAUGGACAAAAGCAGCGUCGAGUACACCGGUCUGCAGAUCAAGGCCGCCAGCAUGCUCGAGCUGAUGGGCGCCGAGCAGCAGGCCUUUGGCAUCUACAAGCAGCUCCUCCAAUUCGGCACCGAAUGGGCCGUUACAGAGAUCUCCGGCCGCGGAUCUGCUUUCUCGCUGUUCUCCCUUCCUGCCGCCCAGACACUGACUUACCUCCGAGUCUGUGUGCGCGGCCUCGAACUCGCAGAGUCCGUCACCGACAAAAUCGAAAUGCUGCACUACACCGCGCUCUGGAUCGACGUCACCCAGGGCUGGCUGCCGGAUCAGUACCACGACAUUCUCCAGACGCGGGCGGUUUCUUGGCUGAAAGAUCUACAGCAGACCCAGAACCUCGAAACAAAACUCAUCGACGACACCUCGGCCGAAAUCCUCGACUUUGAUUCCCUCGGAUCCGUCACCCCCGUCGACGAGUCGCCCGACCAGUACUCCUUCCCGCUCUUCCCGUCAACAGAAGAAAUUGACAAGUUUCAGAAAUGGCGCGUCACAGACGACGUCGACGACACCCUUCUCCUCGCGCGUGACUUCUUCGCUACCGCCUGCAUCGAGCUCCUGCUCCCAAACAUCGGCCUGCAGAUCAAAAAGGAGAACGUUCGGCUCAUGCAGAUGUACGGUCUCUCGCUGCCGCGCAUUAUCCGCACCGAAGUCGACAUCUGCUCCGGCUACUAUAUCGCCUACGAGCUCAGCACGACCUCCGAAGACCCCGCCAAGCAGGCACGCGGCCUGAAACUGCUCGACACCGCCCGCGAAUGCUACAAGGACAUCCUGCGCUCAAUCGAGGAGAUCCGCAGCUCGCCUACAGAGCGCAUCGACUACACGCCCGAAGACUACGAAGACCUCGAAGUCUCAAACUCACUCACAGUCUACGGUCUCGGCGUCAUCGAAGCAAAGCAGAAAAACUACUCCGAAGCCAUGAGACUUUUCAAAGAAGCUCGCAGCCGCGCGCUCGUCGCAAAACUUCCUGCGCUCGUCGACAGAAUCAAAGAGGAGUGGGAUCAACUCGUUGCUGAAAUGACUGCCGAUCAAAUCACCGACCGCGACACAAUCGCUGACGCCCUACAAUACCUAGGCGCUCUCAAAGACGCCUCGCCCUCUAUAUAGAUAGCCCCGCAUUUACUAUUAUACUAUUACUUUUUGUACUGUACAUUGAACGACGACACAAAAGCUGAAAUUGAAAAUUCUAUU